GCCGCACGGGCCCUGCCUUGCUUUCCAGGAUGGGAAUCCACGGCCUGGCCAAGCUGAUCGCCGAUGUGGCCCCUGCUGCCAUCCGGGAGAACGAUAUCAAGGCAUACUUCGGGCGGAAGGUGGCUAUUGAUGCGUCCAUGAGCAUCUACCAGUUCCUCAUCGCUGUGCGGCAGGGGGCCGAGGCACUGCAGAAUGAGGAGGGGGAGACCACUAGCCACCUGAUGGGCAUGUUCUACCGCACCAUCCGCAUGGUGGAGAACGGUAUCAAGCCAGUCUAUGUCUUCGACGGCAAGCCCCCUCAGCUGAAGUCGGGGGAACUAGCAAAGCGAACAGAGCGCCGUGCUGAGGCAGAGAAGCAUUUGCAAGAAGCUCAAGAGGCUGGAGAGGAGAACAACAUUGAGAAGUUCACUAAGAGGCUGGUCAAGGUGACCCAGCAGCACACUGACGAAUGCAAGAAGUUACUAAAGCUGAUGGGCAUUCCUUAUAUUGAGGCACCAGGAGAGGCUGAAGCCAGCUGUGCCACCUUGGUGAAAGCUGGUAAGGUCUAUGCAGCUGCUACUGAAGAUAUGGAUUGCUUGACCUUUGGCAGUCCAGUACUGAUGCGACACCUUACUGCCAGUGAGGCCAAGAAGUUACCAGUCCAAGAGUUUCACCUGAAUCGUAUUCUGCAAGAUCUGGAUCUGACCUGGGAACAGUUUGUUGACCUGUGUAUCCUCUUGGGCUGUGACUAUUGUGAGAGCAUCCGUGGCAUUGGACCCAAGCGUGCUGUUGAGCUUAUCAAGCAGCACAAAACUAUUGAAAAGAUUGUUCAGCAUAUAGAUACCAAGAAAUAUCCUCUGCCUGAGAACUGGUUGCACAAAGAGGCCCAGAAGCUCUUUCUAGAGCCUGAUGUGAUAGACCCUGAUGCUGUUGAACUGAAGUGGACUGAGCCAAAUGAAGAAGAACUUGUCAAAUUCAUGUGUGGGGAGAAGCAGUUCAAUGAAGAACGAAUCCGCAAUGGGAUCAAAAGAUUGAGCAAGAGCCGGCAAGGCAGCACUCAAGGCCGACUGGAUGACUUCUUCAAGGUGACUGGCUCUAUCACAUCAGCCAAGCGCAAAGAGCCAGAAUCCAAGGGAUCAGCAAAGAAGAAAGCAAAAACUAACAAUGCAGCAGCAAAGUUCAAAAAGGGGAGAUAA